CCCAACAACCAUACCUUACAAUCCUCUUAAAACCCAAAAUGAAGUUCUUCAUCGCAUUACUGGCCCUGGCUGUGGUGGCUGCUGAAGCAGGUUACGCACCGGCUGCUGUCCCCGUCAGCACCUCAGUCUGGCCAUCAUACGGAGUGUACGGAAAGGGUUCCCUCGCUGCGUGGCCAAACGCCUACAAUGGAUGGAACAAUGGCUGGAACAACGGAUGGAACUCCUGGAAUAACGGAUGGAAUUCCUGGAACAAUGGUUGGAACAGCUGGAACGAUGGAGUUCAUGGCGCGUACGGUUACCCAAAUGCCGGUGCCUGGUCGAACGCCUACCUUGGUCACAAUACCGUAGUGCAGGCCAACCUGGGAAAGGCGCUCCCAUAUGGGCUGCCAUGGGGAACCUACGGCGCUGGAGUUAAUGGCUGGACUGGUCUGCACGGUGGCUAUUUGACUAGUGCUGUUCCAGUGUCUAAACAGGUAGCUGCCACUCCAGGAUCAGUUCAUGUUGCAGCCGUUCCCGUCGGAGGAGAAAAACUGGUUGUUGCUUGAAUAUGAGACGUUAAUGGGGUCACCUACGAUCAACUUUGGCUAUGCUUUUAAUGAAAAAUAAAUGAAGAAUUGUGUUGUAAA